UGGUGCGACUUGGUGAGCGCGUCCAGUAAUGACUGGAGGAGCCCGGCAAGUAACAUGACUAAAAAGAAGCGGGAGAGUCUGGGCGUCGCUCUAGAGAUCGAUGGGCUAGAGGAGAAGCUAUCCCAGUGUCGCAGAGACCUGGAGGCUGUGAACUCCAGGCUCCACAGGGCAGAGCUGAGUCCAGAGGCCAGGAGGUCUCUGGAGAAGGAGAAAAACAGCCUGAUGAGCAAAGCCUCCAACUAUGAGAAGGAGCUAAAGUUGCUUCGGCAAGAGAACCGGAAGAACAUGCUGCUCUCUGUGGCCAUCUUCAUCCUCCUGACCCUUGUCUAUGCCUACUGGACCACCUGAGCCUGCGAUUUCCCCACAGCCAGCGCGGCUUCCCCUCGGCCCUUUUGUCAGGACCGAGCAGGCCUUUCAAGCCUCAUGAGGACCAAGGUGCUGGGGGCAUUUCCCCUGCCUGGGUGUUCAAGCAUGGCUUCCUGUCGGCCCCGCCCCUCCUGCCUCCCCGGCCUGUUCUGGGGCCUGGGUCUCCAGACGGACAUGGUGCUGGCUCCUCCCUGAGCCCAAGGGAGCGGCAAUAAAGAACACCAGGCUG